CUGAACUGUAACUAAACUGGACUAGUGCGAUACAAAGUACUGUACUCCGUACGGUAUCGGCUACUGCCGGUACCCAGCUUUAUCUGGAUGGAACAAACAAAACGGAGCUGCCACCAGAAUCGCCAGGUUGCGAAUCUGCUAUCACCAGAGCUUUCUACAAUCCUCUUUCACCAACAAUCACAUUUCAUCUUGUACGAACCACAAGGAACUCUUCAAGAUGAUCUUCACCAAGGGCUUUGUGCUCGCCGGUCUGGCAGCUGUUGCAGUGGCGAAAUCUGCUGUUCUCGAUCUCGUCCCAGAUAACUUCGACAAAAUCGUCCUAUCAGGAAAGCCAGCUCUCGUUGAGUUCUUUGCUCCGUGGUGCGGCCAUUGCAAGACUCUUGCCCCUGUUUACGAGGAGCUCGCGCAAGCUUUCGAAUUCGCCUCUGAUAAGGUUUCCGUCGCGAAGGUCGACGCUGAUGCCGAGAAGUCCCUUGGGAAGCGCUUCGGCAUCCAAGGAUUCCCCACUAUCAAGUACUUUGACGGAAAGAGCAAGGACCCACAAGACUACAGCGGUGGAAGGGAUCUGGAGAGCCUCACCAAGUUCAUUACGGAUAAGACGGGCAUUAAGCCACGCAAGGCCAAGGCACCAGCAAGUGAUGUCGUGUUUUUGACCGAUGCAAACUUCAAGGAGGCCAUUGGUGGCGAUAAGGAUGUCCUCGUUGCUUUCACUGCACCAUGGUGCGGCCACUGCAAGACUCUUGCUCCUAUCUGGGAAGAGGUUGCCACCGACUUUGCCGCUGAGAGCAGCGUGGUUAUCGCCAAGGUUGACGCUGACGCUGGGAACUCUAAGUUGACUGCCGCGCUCGAAGGUGUCAGCUCUUACCCCACUAUCAAGUUCUUCCCCCGUGGAUCCACUGAGGGUGUAGCAUACUCUGGUGGACGCUCGGAAAAGGACCUCCUUGAAUUCCUCAAUGCGAAGGCCGGCACACACCGUACUCCCGGCGGUGGCCUCGAUGCCCAAGCUGGCAUUAUUGACGCCUUUGACAAGGUCAUCAAGAAGCUGGGCGGUACUACCAACGUCGCCGAGAUUACUGCAGAGGCAACCAAGAUUGCCCAGGAGCUCCAGCAUACCGCGGAGAAGAAAUACGCCAAGUACUACGUCAAGGUAUUCGCGAAGUUGUCGGAAAGCAAGGAGUACGCCGCCAAGGAGCUCGCCAGACUUCAAGGUUUACUGAACAAGGGUAACUUGGCCAAGGUCAAGGAGGACGAAAUGACUGCCAAGAGCAACAUCCUUAAGACUUUCGAGGAGAAGGUGCAGGAGAAGAAGGCCCACGAGGAAUUGUAAGCUUAGUCAGGAAGGGCAGUGCUAUAAUAUAGCUCAGCCGCAAUUUGCGAUCAUAUAGACA